UGUACACCAGAGGAGUCACAUGGGAGAGAAAUCCUAUGAAAAUAAAAAAUGUGAUAAAAUGUUCUUCAAGAAGUCACAAUUCACUGUGCAUGAGACAAGUCACACUGGAGAGAAAUCGCAAGAAUGUGGGAAAUGUCGAAAAUCUUUCUGUUCCAAGUCAGUCUUUAGUAGACAUUUGAAAAUUCAAACAAGAAAGAAAACCUAUGAUUGUGAACAAUGUAGGAAAAUGUUCUCCCGGAAGUCAGUUCUCACUAGGCAUCAGAGAAUUCAAACAGGAGAAACAUCGUAUGAAUGUGAACAAUGUGGGAAAACAUUCUACAGCAAGUGGGACCUAACUGUACAUAAGAGAACUCACACAGGAGAGAAGCCCUAUGAAUGUGAACAAUGUAGGAAAAGGUUCUCCUGCAAGUCAGUUCUCACUAUGCAUUGGAGAACACACACAGGAGAAAAACCCUAUGAAUGUGAACAAUGUAGGAAAAGAUUCUCCCAGAAGUCACAUCUCAUUGCGCAUCAGAGAACUCACACAGGAGAAAAACUCUAUGAUUGUGAACAAUGUGGGAAAACAUUCUCCAGCAAGGUGUACCUAAGUGUACAUAAGAGAAAUCACACAGGAGAGAAGCCCUAUAAAUGUGAACAAUGUAAGAAAAUGUUCUCCUGGAAGUCAGUUCUCACUAGGCAUCAGAAAAUCCACACAGGAGAAACACCCUAUGAAUGUGAACAAUGUAGGAAAAUGUUCUCCCGGAAGUCAUAUCUCAUUAUGCAUCAGAGAACUCACACUGGAGAAAAACCCUAUGAAUGUGAACAGUGUGGGAAAACAUUCUCCAGCAAGGGGUACCUAACAGUACAUAAGAGAACUCACACAGGAGAGAAGCCCUAUGAAUGUGAACAAUGUAGGAAAAUGUUCUCCUGGAAGUCAGUUCUCACUAGGCAUCAGAGAAUCCACAGAGGAGUAACACCCUAUGAAUGUGAACAAUGUGGGAAAACAUUCUACAGCAAGCGGGACCUAACUGUACAUAAGAGAACUCACACAGGAGAGAAGACCUAUGAAUGUGAAAAAUGUAGGAAAAGGUUCUCCUACAAGUCAGCUCUCACUAUGCAUUGGAGAACACACACAGGAGAAAAACCCUAUGAAUGUGAACAAUGUAGGAAAAUGUUCUCCCGGAAGUCAGUUCUCACUAGGCAUCGGCAAAUCCACACAGGAGAAACACCCUAUGAAUGUGAACAAUGUAGGAAAAUGUUCUCCCGGAAGUCAGUUCUCACUAGGCAUCGGCAAAUCCACACAGGAGAAACACCCUAUGAAUGUGAACAAUGUAGGAAAAUGUUCUCCCGGAAGUCAGUUCUCACUAGGCAUCGGCAAAUCCACACAGGAGAAACACCCUAUGAAUGUGAACAAUGUAGGAAAAUGUUCUCCCGGAAGUCAGUUCUCACUAGGCAUCGGCAAAUCCACACAGGAGAAACACCCUAUGAAUGUGAACAAUGUAGGAAAAUGUUCUCCCGGAAGUCAGUUCUCACUAGGCAUCGGCAAAUCCACACAGGAGAAACACCCUAUGAAUGUGAACAAUGUAGGAAAAUGUUCUCCCGGAAGUCAGUUCUCACUAGGCAUCGGCAAAUCCACACAGGAGAAACACCCUAUGAAUGUGAACAAUGUAGGAAAAUGUUCUCCCGGAAGUCAGUUCUCACUAGGCAUCGGCAAAUCCACACAGGAGAAACACCCUAUGAAUGUGAACAAUGUAGGAAAAUGUUCUCCCGGAAGUCAGUUCUCACUAGGCAUCGGCAAAUCCACACAGGAGAAACACCCUAUGAAUGUGAACAAUGUAGUAAAAUAUUCUCCUGUAAAUCUGCACUCACUGUACAUCAGAGAACUCAACACAGGAAAGGAAUCCUAUGAUUGUGAACAAUGUAA